AUGGGAAUCUGGUCGUACAGCACGAACAACAGGCUUUUGCAAAAACUGGAGAAGAUCCCGUUGAUCUCCGGUAUUUACGUUCUUCUUAUUUUAGAACUAGUGUCUAUGCUCCUCUACGUUUUUAUGGUAUUGAAGGGGACUCGAGCGAGGAUUAAAGUUAUGGCCACUAUGUUAUUCACGAUCGUGUCGAUCCUCAAGUACAGCAAUUUGAUAUACGCGAAGGAUCAAAUGAGGUGUUGCAUGGCGCGUGUCGAGGAGGAUUUUCGAGAUGUCGUCAGUCCAGCCGCGCGUAACACGAUGCUCUUCCACGCGAGAACCGGCAGACGUUUGUUCGUCCUGUGCGGUAUAUUCAUGUAUUCUUCUGGGAUGACGUACAGAACGCUCAUACCGUUGUCGAGAGGGAAGAUUGUUAUCGCGCAAAAUGUUACGAUUCGACCCUUGCCGAGCCCUGCUCAUUAUGUAUUGUUCGAUCCGCAAAUCAGCCCGGCUUACGAGAUCAUGUUUUUCGUACAAUGUUUCACGGGCCUCAUAAAGUAUACGAUUACAGUGGCAGCUUGCGGCAUCGCCGCACUUUUUACGAUGCACGUCGUCGCGCAAUUGGAUAUAUUGGUGAUGCUAAUGAACAACUUGACUAACGAACGUGAACUUGAGAAUGUGAACAGGAAGUUAUCUGUUAUUGUGGAACAUCAUAUAAGAACGCGAAAUUUGUUGCACAUGGUGCAAAAAGUAUUACAAUAUUCGAGUCUAAUAGAAGUCACUACAUGUACUUCUAUGUUAUGCCUUAUACUAUAUUAUGUUAUCAUGGAAUGGGAAGCUAGUAAUACUAUAGCCAUGUGUACGUAUUUUAUCAUAGUCGUGUCUCUGACAUUCAAUAUAUUUGUAUAUUGUUUUAUUGGUGAACAGCUUUCUGAAAAGGGGGAACAGGUAGCUUUGACAGCGUGCACGUUAGACUGGCACUUUCUUCCGGAUACAAAAGCGCGAGCACUAAUUUUAAUCAUGCUCAUGUCAAACACACCAAUGAGACUAAAAGCAGGCAAUUUCAUAGAUCUGUCCUUUAGAACAUUCGGAGUCUGGCCGUACUACAGGAGCACGAACUACUGGUUUUUGCAAAAACUGGAGAAGUUUGCGCUGGUCCUCGGUAUUUACGUUCUUCUUGUUUUAGAACUAGUGUCUAUGCUCCUCUACGUUUUUAUGGUAGUGAAAGGGACUCAAAUGAGGAUUAAAGUUAUGGCCACAAUGUUAUUCACGAUUGUGUCGAUCCUCAAAUACAGCAAUUUCAUAUACGCGAAGGAUCAAAUGAGAUGUUGCAUGGCGCGUGUCGAGGAGGAUUUUCGAGAUGUCGUCAGUCCAGCCGCGCGUAACACGAUGCUCUUCUACGCGAGAACCGGCAGACGUUUGUUCAUUCUGUGCGGUAUAUUCAUGUAUUCUUAUGGGAUGACGAUCAGAAUGCUAAUACCGUUGUCGAGAGGGAAGAUUGUUAUCUCGCAAAAUGUUACGAUUCGACCCUUGCCGAACGCUGCUCAUUAUGUAUUGUUCGAUCCGCAAAUCAGCCCGGCUUACGAGAUCGUGUUUUUCGUGCAGUAUUUCACGGGGCUCAUGAAGUACACAAUUACAGUGGCAGCUUGCGGCAUUGCCGCACUUUUUACGAUGCACAUCGUCGCGCAAUUGGAUAUAUUAGUGAUGCUAAUGAACAAUUUGGCUAACGAACAUGAACUUGAGAAUGUGAACAGGAAGUUAUCUGUUAUUGUGGAACAUCAUAUAAGAACGCGAAAGUAA